AUGAGUCAAGGCCAUGUUAUCAUCGUCGGAGCCGGUGUUAUCGGUCUCAGCAUCGCAGUCAAACUAUCCCAAUACUUGAAAAUCACCGUCAUCGCGAGAGAGUUACCCGGUGACGUUGGCAUUGACUACGCCUCCCCAUGGGCAGGGGCACACUUCCGCCCCACCCCCGCAAAAACAGAAGAGGAACGAAGAGAACAGGCCUGGAUGCGACAAACCUACCAAGAAUUCGAGAAGAUCGCGAAACAUCACCCGGAAGCGGGGGUGGAUUUUAUUCCCGCAGUCGAAUAUUUCGAUACAGCCGACGCGACCUCGUUCCUGGCAGAAGAAAAUGGCUACACUACAUGGCCGGACUUCCAGAUUCUCGACCCUACCCAAUACCCCCCUCAAUAUCCAUCUAUCCAGCUAGGUGUUUCAUACCGCAGUUGGGUCCUGAACUCGCCGGUUUAUUUGAAGUGGUUACAGACACGCGCAGAGGCGCAAGGGACUCGCUUUAUUCGCGCAAAUUUGACGGACCUAGAACAGGUUGUGUCUGUAUAUCGGGAGAAUACAUCCCAGGAUGAGAUUGAUCACGUUUCGGCUGUUGUUGAUGCAAGUGGGAGGGGGUUUAAUGAUCCUGACUCUUUCCCCUCGCGGGGUCAGUUCAUCAUCGUCUCGAAUCACUGUGACAGAACUAUCAGUCAUCAUUGGAGUGAUGGUUCCUCUACGGUUAUCAUACCCCGGCCUCUGGGUGGUGGGACUGUUAUCGGUGGCACGAAAGAGCCUAAUAACUGGUCUGAGGAUAUCGACGAUGCUUCGACUGAAGUCAUUCUUAAAAGGGUGAGAAUUCUAUGCCCCGAGAUGGUUGACGAGCAGGCAGAUGGACUGGCUGCGACCAAUGGGUUUGAUGUGAGACAAGUCUACGUUGCUCGGCGCCCUAUGAGACAUGGUGGACUUCAUUUUGUCUUGAAACCAGGGAACCCUCUUCCCCUGAUAUCUUGCUACGGUGCCGGCGCAAAUGGGUACAAAAUCAGCUGGGGAUUGGCAGGUAAGGUUGACGAGUUCUUUUCUGGACGCCCUAUAUCCGAAAAUGAUUCUCCAACUGUCGCCAAAAACCAGGCCUUGGGAGAAAGUGAAGAAAAUCAAGCUAUUUUGCCAGGUCGAAUAGGCAAUCCGGUCAUCUAUGAACCUUCUGUCGGUAAAGCCUUGACCCAAGACGCUACCUCCUUUGUCAAGGAUAUCAAACACAGUUUCGAGGUCGAAGAGCGACUUUUCGAUAUCUUAGGGACACACCCUAGCAUAGUACGCUAUAUCGGUACCUCCGAGGAACCGCGUGGAUUACUCUUUGACGAAGCUAGCGAUGGUAACCUACAAGAUUACAUUGACCAGCAUAAUGACGAUAUUGAUCUAAGUCUUCGUUUGAAGUGGUGUUGUCAAGCAGCAGAAGCCGUAUACUAUAUCCACCAGAAGGGAGUCAUUCAUUCCGAUUUACGACCGGACAAUUUUCUAUUACACUCUGAUUCCAAGAGUAAGCUCAAUCUCCUACUAUGUGACUUUGGAGGAUCGACAAAUGGUGGUGAUAUAGAUGGUGGGCAUCUCCCCGACCCGGGAUUUUUCAAUCCAUCCAAACCAUGGGUGUCAACAGAGGCUGUUGACAUAUUCAGUCUCGGGUCGGUCUUUUACACGAUAAUGACCGGCUACUGGCCCUAUAAGUCCCCUGGGCCAUUUAGAUCCGUGGCGGAGAACAAUGAGUACGAAGAACGAGUAGAUGCUCUCUUUGCAUCUCAGCAAUACCCUUCAGUUGAUGGUCUUGCUGGUGGUGCCGUAAUAGAGGGGUGUUGGGGAGAUCGAUAUAGUGAUAUGGCGUCGCUCAUCAGAGACCAAAGUUUGUCUUUCGGGGCGAUGGGAGCUUCCGGGGAUGGGUAUGUAUCAGAAGCACAAGGGAAAGGAAACCAUGAAUUGAGCUAG